UCAGUAUAUUCUGACAUUUAUACAAUAGGCGAUAACCUAACAUUUUAUGGUAUCCAGUUUUAAAUGUGUUGAAGACAUAAACACACAAGUUUUGUUUGAUUUUCAUUGAAACAAGAAUUAAAUUGUUGAAACAAUGUCUGAUCGAAAUGCAUAUCAACCGAAUGUCAACCAACAAUACGAUCAAUAUGCUCAGCAUGACCAACCGCAACAGCCCGUUGAUCCACGUCGUGAAUUUUUGAACUACGAAUAUUCACCAGAAGAACUUCGUGCGAUCCGAGAAUGUGGAUCAGAGGCAUUUUACUAUCGUUCUUUGCCAUUCAGUCUUGGCAUUGGCACAACUGUAUACAUGGCUGUUAAAAAUGGAUACUUGAAGCCACAUCGAACUUUGGGUCCAUGGCCAAAAGUGUUAGCACUUGGAUUUGUUGGUUACAUUGCUGGCCGUGUUAGUUACUUAGGUGCAUGUAAAGAGAAACUGAUGGCAUUGCCAAAUUCAAAGUUAGCUGAAAUGUUACGCCGAAAUGCUGGAAGUGGUGGUGGUAAAAAUUGGGAAGGUGGCGUUAUGCGUGACGCUGCAGCUGCAACAGCACUUUCUCUAGCACCAUUUAAAUCGGUUCCGGCAUCCGGCUACUCAGACGAUUACUAUCAAUCGAGUUCAUUAAAUUUGGAUACAAGCCGUCCGAACUAUAGUGGUUUAGAUGAUGCUUUUCAGCCAACAAUGGAAGGAAAGAAUGACUUAAAUGAAGAAUUAAAAAUUCCAACACGAAAAAAUACAGUUACUUAUGAUGAAUUGAGACAAAAGAACCGAGAUGAAUUCGCUCGAACACAAAAUCAACCACAACCUCCACCAAAAGCAUAUUACAAUCAAGGCACACCAGUCGCUGCUCCACCGCAUGGACCAAUGAAUCCACCAGCCGGAGCAUAUAGCCAAGCAUUAGAUAGUGAUCGACGACGAAUGUCUCGAGCCAGAAGUGAAGAUGAUACCGGAAAUGAAAAAACCGGUCCAAAGAAUAAAUAUGGUGAUACUUGGUCAGAAUAGAAUUCAUAGCACCAUUUUAUCGUAUUAAUCUUUAGCAGACUGCUUGUAGAUUUACAAAUGAUUUAUUAUUAUUAUUUAGUGG